AUGUCGAGAUACGGAAAGUUUGACGACUUUUGUCGCGACACGGGCAACAGCUGGUCGACGCUGCCAGUAUGCUAUCUCUUCAGCCAAGCACCCACACGGAACGGCGGAGGAUGGAAUGGAGGCUGCACACUCCAAGGCUUCCCUGUUGGCAAUGGUAACAGAUUGCACAACCUGGGCUCGAUAAUACUAUGCGGUAUUGCAAUCCUCGCCGCCUUCUUCCUACUAUGGAGAUCUGAAAGGAAGAAGGCGGCCGUUGGACGAAGGGAAAUGCAACUCUUCCUCCUCGGUUACAUCAUCGUCUCCAUCUGCGAGAUCUUCACCAUCGGUGGCUUCCCUCUGAACAACUCUGUGCGCCUGGCCUUCGUCGCUGUACACAUUGCUGCGAUCGUUACAACCGCUUGGAUCCUGAUGCUGAACGGUUUAGUUGGCUACCAACUUCUAGAUGACGGCACCCCCAUAUCGAUCAGCUUACUCUUGGUCUCCGCUGUUGUCAUCUUCGUUGGAACAGGCUACAUUGCUCUCGACACUGGCUUCAGUUGGACUGGCUACUGGAACGAUACCCUGGCAGGAGAGAACCAGGCCUACGCCCUCUACACCCUUUACCAGCUCGUGCCCCUGGUUUUCCUGGUUGUCUUCUUCUGCUUGGAGUCAUUCCUUGUCCUGCGCGUUCUUGGAGAGCGCAAACCAAUGCUCUACCUACUUGGCGCAGCUCUCCUCUUCGCCAUCGGACAAAUCUUCCAAUACGUUAUUAGCGUCCACAUCUGCACCGGUACCUCUGGCAAGAUCAACGGUGGUCUGUUCGAGACCCUGUUCACGCUCCUUUCGGUCGUAAUGAUCUGGGUGUUUUGGUCGAGCAUCACUGAGGACGACUGGCCAAUGCCAACAGUCGCUGGCCCAGGCUCGUACAAUUGA